UCGCCCCAACCGACCGGCAGCCGAACCAAAGAGGCAACCUAAAGUAGAAAACAGUCCACGCCGCCGCGGCACCGAGCGACCCCGCGGGCGUCCUCGGAAGAAGACGAAGCGGCGGCGACGACCUAGACCCCGGCGCGGCAGACCGCUCGCUCGUGUUGGAGCCUGGAUGGCGUCCGGAGGCAUCGCCCGCGGCCGCCUCGCCGAGGAGCGCAAGUCGUGGCGCAAGAACCACCCCCAUGGCUUCGUGGCCAAGCCGGAGACCCUGCCGGAUGGGUCCGUCAAUCUGAUGCUCUGGCGGUGCGUCAUCCCCGGCAAGCCAGGGACUGACUGGGAAGGUGGAUAUUACCCGCUCACUAUGCAAUUUGAUGAUAAUUACCCAACUACCGCUCCUAGCUGCAGGUUCCCAGCAGGUUUCUUCCAUAUCAAUGUCUACGAUUCUGGAGCAGUAUGCCUAUCGAUCCUGGGUGGUGCAUGGAAACCUUCAAUUACAGUGAAGCAGGUUUUGGUGGGCAUCCAGGAGUUGCUUGAUGACCCAAAUCCUGACUCAUCCGCACAGCAUCGAUGCUACGAACUCUAUAAAAAGAACAUGCCAGAGUACAAGAACAAGGUCCGUGAGCAGGCCAAGCGCUACCCUUCGCGCAUGUAGCUAAGUGAACUCGCGUCGGCUAGGCUUUAGUGCUUGCAUAAUAUCAGCAUGCAUUUUGGUUUUGGUGGAACUGAAGUCCAGAACUGCGGGGGCGUAGUUAGCGCAAUGGUAGUGUGUUUGUUGGAACCGCUGAACUGCACUUUUGAGUCCAUCUUCGCUACGAAUUGCUUCGGGCCUUCUAGCUUAAAUCAAUGGAGUGUGUAGUUUGGGGUGAGCUUUGCUGACCCUUUUUUACUUUGUGAUGAAAAGAUACAUCCUUUUCUUCCAA